AUGGGUCUCGGAUCAAUCUUUACGGCCUCUCUGCUGGCACUGAGCGCCUUUUCUCCAGUCUCGGCAGCGCCAUCUUCUUCCACUGACAGUCUGGAAGCCCGCACCAGCUCUAGUUGGUGGCUCUCUAGCAUCAAGCGACAAGGUUCCGUCCCUAGCAACAGCAACUUUACAGUUUUCCGCAACGUCAAGGACUACGGCGCCCGCGGGGAUGGCACCACCGAUGACACCGCUGCCAUCAACGCUGCUAUCACAGCUGGUAACCGCUGUGGCCGCGGCUGUGACUCCAGCACCACUACUCCUGCCCUUGUUUACUUCCCCAAGGGAACCUACGUCGUUUCGAAGCCUAUAAUUCAAUACUACUACACCCAGCUUGUUGGCGAUGCCGUCGACAUCCCUACUAUCAAGUCCUCGGCCAACUUUCAGGGCAUUGCUGUCAUCGACUCCAACCCCUACGCCGACGGCGGCGUCAACUGGUACACCAACCAGAACAACUUCUUCCGCCAUAUUCGCAACUUCAAGAUCGAUAUCACUGCCCAGGGCAAGUCUACAGGAACUGGUCUACACUGGCAGGUCGCUCAGGCUACUUCUCUUCAGAACAUUCAAUUCGACAUGAUCAAAGACAAGAGCAGCGACAACAAGCAGCAGGGCAUCUUUACCGAAAACGGCUCCGGUGGCUUCAUGUCUGAUCUCACCUUCAACGGCGGCAAUCUCGGUGUUUUUUGGGGUGCUCAGCAAUUCACCACUCGCAAUCUAAAGUUCAACGGAUGCCGCACCGCCAUUUAUAUGAACUGGAACUGGGCCUGGACCUUCCACGGCCUCAACAUUGAUAGCUGUGAUAUUGGUUUGGAUAUGUCUAGCAACGGUCAAGACCAGCAGCAAGUCGGUGCUGUUCUCGUCCAAGACAGCGUAUUCUCCAACACCCCUGUUGGAAUUGCCAGUCGCUACAGAACGAGCCAGAACGGUACCAGCGGCACACUAGUUGUCGACAAUGUCGAUUUCAGCAAAAACUGCCCCGCCGCUGUCAAAAACCCCCAGACCAACGACAUCAUCCUCGACGGCAACACCAAGGUCCAGUCUUGGGUUCAGGGUCGAGCCUACAAGGGCAACAGUGGUAGCGCCGUCCAAGCCACCCAGAACCCCGUUACGAAACCCGAUGCGCUCCUUGAUAGCUCUGGUAACAUCUUUACCAGGCCCAAGCCCCAGUACAACGACGUCGAUGUCUCCAAGUUUGUUUCCGUCAAGUCCAAGGGAGCCAAGGGUGAUGGUGUCACCGAUGAUACCGCCGCCAUCCAAGCUGCUUUCGACAGUAUUGGCGGCGACCAGAUUGUCUACUUUGACCACGGCAACUACGUCGUUACAGACACUGUCAAAGUUCCCAAGAAUGUCAAGGUUGUUGGUGAAAUCUGGCCAGUCAUUUUCGCCGGCGGCAACAGCAACUUCCAGGACCAGAGUAACCCCAAGCCUGUUUUCCAGGUCGGUAACCCUGGAGAUGUAGGCACUGUUGAGAUGCAGGAUAUUAUCUUCUCUACCAUGGGUCCUCAGCCCGGCGCUAUCUUGAUGGAGUUCAAUGUUGCUGGCCAGGACAAGGGCGCUGCCGGGCUUUGGGACCUUCACUUCCGCGUCGGUGGUUUCGAAGGAACGAAACUUCAAUCCAAUCAGUGCUCCAAGAACCCCCAGAAACUUUCUCCUCCCAAGUCUGAGUGUAUCGGUGCUUUUAUGCUCAUGCAUAUAACUUCUCAGGCGAGCGCUUACUUGGAAAACACUUGGUUCUGGGUUGCCGACCACGAGCUUGACCUUGGCGACCAUAACCAGAUCAAUAUUUAUAAUGGACGCGGCAUUCUCAUCGAGAGCACCAAAGGUGCUUGGCUCUGGGGUACUUCUUCGGAGCACAGCGUUCUGUCCAACUACCAGCUCACCAAAGCCAAGAAUGUCUACAUGGGUCUCAUCCAAACCGAGACUGCCUACAUGCAGGGCAAUCCUGAUGCCAAGGUUCCCUUCAAGUACAAUGCCAAGUACAGCGACCCCGAUUUUUCGAACUGCACUGGUCCUAAGUGCGCCAGAACUUGGGGUCUCCGCGCCGUCGAUUCGAGCGAUAUCCUUAUUUACGGUGCUGGUCUUUACAGCUUCUUCGAUAAUUAUGAUCAGAAAUGUGUCAACGGAAAUGAUUGCCAGGACCAUAUUCUUGAUAUUCAGAACUCUAGCGUUCAUAUUUUCGGCCUCGCCACCAAAUCGAGUAUCAACAUGGUUACUCUCAACAACCAGCCCGCCGCUCUCGACAAGGACAACAGAAAUAACUUCUGCGCCGCCCUGGCAUCCUUCUCUCCCUAG